AUGGAUCUUGUUAAGUACAUAUUUGAAAAGCCAACUCUCACAAGAAGAGUCGCAUGUUGGCAGAUGGCCCUAACCAAGUAUGGCAUCCAACAUGUAACACAAAAAGUUGUCAAAGGAAGUGUCUUAUCAGACUAUCUUGCCCAUCCACCCUUGGAAGAUUAUCAGUCGAUGCACUUUGACUUCCCUAACGAGGAUAUCAUGUUUGUAAGGGAUUGCAACAGUCCCGUCCACGAGGAAGGACCAGAACCAGAGUCACGUUGGAAACUUGUGUUUGAUGGUGCUUCUAACGCUCAAGGAAAUGUAAUUGGGGUAGUUAUCACAUCCCCAACUGGUUUUCACCCACCCUUCAUCGCAAGGUCGUAUUUUGAUUGCACCAACAAUAUGGCGGAGUACGAGGCGUGCAUCUUCGGCAUUGAAGCAACUAUUGAUCUAAGGAUCAAAAUCCUUGAAUUCUAUGGAGACUCGGCCUUGGUAGUCAGCUAA